AUGAUACGCCUAUUUAACCGCUUCUACGCGCUAUGCGCCAUAGCGGCAUGCACAAUCCUAUACUCGGCUUGGUUUCUGACCUCGCGCAAUCUCGGCGACAUUGUGCCUCUAGCGGCGGAGCAGUUCCGCACGGCAUCUUCGUUUGAUCAGCGAUUGGUGGUGUUUGGGGAUUCGUGGAGUGAUAAUGAGACGGAUGAGGAGCAGGGGAGGGUAUGGACGGAUUGGCUUUGUGGGAUGGAGAAUCUUGCGCAGACAGCCAAGUCCGCCCUCAGGGGUAAAUAUGCUGGCUCGGUGGUGGAUAAUGCCGAGCUCGAUUUAUUCGGCCGUCUGUCUCAGACGAAGUUGGCUGAUUUCAAGACCCAGCUGAAGCAAUGGCUGGACGCGGAGUCGGCCUCGUUGGUGGGUCUUUCCGAGGAGCAGAUUCGUUCGCGCCAGGAUUGUACGAUUUUCGUCGUCUCCUUUGGUGUCUGGGACAUUUGGAGCCUUGCGACGAAUAGUUAUGAUGAGGCGGAGCCCUCGGUUGAGCGGCGGAUUGCGACGCUGAUGCAGCAGUUGAACCGGUUGUCUGAGCGUUGGGGCCCGGGGACGGAUAAGCUCAAGGUGAUCCUGACGCAGACGGUUGAUGUGACUUUUUUGCCUGGGUUUACGGCUACGGGUGGUGAGGAGUAUAAGGAUGCGGUGCGGAUCCUGGAUUCUUGGAAUACGAAGCUAAGGCUGGCGGCGAUGGAGUGGGAUCGGGGCACGAUUUACUUGUUCGAUACGAAUGCUUUUGUGAUGGAUCGGAUUCGGGACUGGCAGUUGUAUGCGGCUGGUAUUGAGGAGGAGAAUGGAUUGGGGACGAAUCGGGAUCCUGGGUGGGAGAAUGUUGGGGAUGCUUGUGUUGAGAGCGAGAGUGGCAUUCAGGUCAUGAUGUCAAAGGAUAAGUCCAAGGCGAGGAAACAGUGUGAACACCCCGAGAAAUAUCUGUUCUGGAACGAUAUGCAUCUGGGACCUAGUGCGCACCGUCUCAUGGCGACGGAGAUCUACCAUGGGAUUGACGGGGUCCUCUUGAAUCCCAAGGAGCCAGUGGCCAGGCCCACCAGCAAGACCAACUCGGAUGAGCUCGCGCCCAAGACAGACGCAGAGCCCAAGCGCCACAGCCGACGGGGCUUUGCAGCUUAG